UACCACCGCGCCCGCGGAGGCCCAGCCCUCCCGUCGCGAGGGGCCGCGCGGCGAGGCCAGCUGUCCCGGCCCGGCCUGCGGCUGCCCCCCGGCCGCGCCGACGCUGGGCGGCCCCGGCCGGGCGGCGAGCGGAGGCCGCAGGCCCCGCCUCUCCCCGCCGGCGCCUCCGCGGAAGGCCGGGGCGGGCGGGGCCGCUCGCCGCCGCAUGCUGCCGCGGCCCGCCGCAGCCAUGAGCUCCCACCGCAGCGAGAGCGACUGGCAGGGGCUGGUGAGCGAGUAUCUGGUGUGUAAACGGAAGUUGGAAAGUAAAAAGGAGGCAUUGCUAAUCCUUUCCAAAGAGCUGGACACUUGUCAACAGGAAAGAGACCAGUACAAGCUCAUGGCCAACCAGCUGCGGGAACGACACCAGUCUCUGAAAAAGAAAUACCGGGAGCUGAUUGAUGGGGACCCAUCUCUUCCCCCUGAGAAGAGGAAACAGGCAAAUCUUGUUCAGCUACUGAGUGAGGCUCACGACCGAAACAAACACCUUGGCGAAGAGAUUAGAGAGCUUCAACAGAGACUGGGAGAAGUACAAGGGGACAAUAAGCUCCUUCGAAUGACAAUAGCAAAGCAAAGACUUGGAGAUGAAGAAGUUGGGGCUCGCCACUUUGCAGCGCAUGAACGUGAAGACCUUGUUCAACAACUGGAGAAAGCUCGAGAACAAAUCGAGACUCUGAGACAUGAUCUUCAAUCUGCACUGGAUGAGUUAGAGGAUGUGAAAGAAGAGCGCUCUUUUUACCAAGAUAAGGGCGACAGACUAAACCAAGAACUUAAUCAUGUUCUAGGAGGGCAUGAAAACCGUAUCAUUGACAUAGAUGCUUUGUGUAUGGAGAACAGGUAUCUUCAGGAGAGAUUAAAGCAACUUCAAGAGGAAGUCAACCUUCUUAAGUCUAAUAUUACUAAAUACAAGAAUGCACUAGAGAGACGAAAAAAUUCAAAGACUCAGAGUAGAUCCAGUAGCAGUGCUCUGACUGGAGUCCUUUCUGCAAAGCAAGUCCAAGAAUUGUUGUCGGAGGAUCAAGGAUGUAGCCUGCCAGCCACACCACAGUCCAUUUCAGAUCUCAAAUCACUGGCCACUGCAUUGCUGGAGACUAUCCACGAGAAAAACAUGAUCAUACAACACCAAAGGCAAACCAACAAAAUUCUAGGUAAUCGAGUGGCAGAACUAGAAAAGAAGUUAAGAACUUUGGAAAUUGCUGGCUUGUGGAGUCUUCCAGGUGGAAAGGAUACUAUUACAUUCAGUGAUCCAACCUUGCCUGUUAUACAGCGGUCUAGGUCACCAUUGUUAGCAUUUACAGACAAGCCGCAGCAAGCUGAAGUACAAGAACAGAAGGGAGAACAUGAUCAAACUCAUGCUGUUGCAAGAGAGCCGAUGGCUUCAGAGGAAACUGAUAAGGACUCUGUCAAUUCCCCAACAAACUUAAUUAACAGUAACCAAAAUAAACGUUUUUAUCCUUCAUUACCUCAGUUACCUUCUGAGGAAGAGGAAAUAAGCAAGCUUGGAGGUCAAAUAAUUAAAUUGUCAGAAGAACAGGCCGUCGCAGAACUGGGAGGGAAAAGAACAGAAAAUUCAGCGGGGGGGCUGAACACAGUAGUUGGACCAGAGCUUAAUGGUUCAUCUGAGGGAGAACUCCCUUUAUCCAGCCCUGACCGAUCUGAGCCCACAGAUCCCUCAAACUCAGAGAGUGAACAGACAGCUGAAACUGAGGUCCUGAAAGACAAUGGUGAAACCUCAGAGAGCAGUUGUGAACUUAUAAAUGAAAGAAGGAAUCAAAAUAGCAGCUCUGUGGAUAUUGAGGACCCUGGAAGGCAUGGAGGUCUCAGUGUUACAGCUGCACAAGCACGUAACAGCUUUGAGGAGCUCCCUGAAUCUGAAGGCAAGAAACCAGCUGAUCCUGCUGAAAACUGUGAAUAUUUGGAUAACAGUUUGGCUUGAGGUAUGAAGUCCAAGCCCUUGAGCUUCUCCCUGUCAUCCUCUUGCACUGCAAGCUGUGCUGCUGUGAAUGUGGAUAGUUACUGGAGUAGUGUGUCAUAGAGUUGAUUUUUACAUCAGUCUGUUAAUAUUUGUCUAAUUCUGGUGUUUUCAUGUUAGUUUUGGCCAUAGUCUACCAAAAAUGUAGAUUACCUAAGGGAAGGAACUUGAAGCUGGUGAGGUUUGACCAUGUUGUUUGUAAUGUUUUGAAGUUUCUAGAUAGGUUGACAUCGUUUACAAUAAUGUGGCAAAGAGACCAGUGAUGAUAAUGUAUCAUAUCAUGUCAUCACCAGGCUUCUGUAGUGUGUACGGUCUUAGGGCUACUGUAUUUUGGUGGCUGGAAGUGUCUUCCAAGGAUGGAAAAUUUGAAAUGAUAAACUGAGAAGAGUGUUAAGGUUUUAGGCUUUUGUUUGUUUCUGCCUUCUGUUUCUCUACAUAGUGACUCUAAGUACAUACAUACAAUAAAAUCACUUAUUCCUUUAUUGGAAGCAAAAUACUUCCUGAAAACCAUCCCUGCAUGUAUGUAGUUCCCUCAUUUCCAAAUUUAAUAUAUUCUCAAUUGUGUGAAAUUUUUCCUUCCCUCUCCCAGCUCAUCUCAGGAAAAUACAGGGAGUUACUUCACCAGAUACUGAGAACCCAAUUUUAAUGGAGCUCUGAAGGAAACCUCACCAGAGAAGCCAAAAGUCUUUCCGUGAGAUACAGCGAUGCUGUUCCAAAGUGAGGAGAACAGCCAGAUGAGGACCAGUGAUGCCCUGUCCACCUGUUUGGCUCUAUUAAUGCCACUUACGGGACUGCAUUCCUCAACCUCCAGGUGUUGGAACAGUCCUUGGGCUGCGUGACGGGCAGUGGAUUCCAGCCUGCUCCACUUCAUUUCUGCCCUUGUUUUUAAAGGAAUCUGUGUCUUCUUAUUUUCUUCUGGUGUGGAAUUAAGGAUAAUUCUUCCUUUCCUCCACAUUUCACCAGUCUGGGGUACAGUAGAAGGCUUAUUUCAUUUGUUGUGGCUUUCUUGUACUUCUUCUCUCGUUGAUAUUUAGUCAUGAGAAAACAUUCCAGUAAUAAUUGGGGAAGGAGGGGGCUGCUGUGCCAGUCCCCAGCUCCCUACUGGUGCUGGCACCGUGCCACUCUGCUCCCAGGAAGGCAGCAACAAGGGAAUACUUAACGUUGUAGUUAGCAGCUGUUGGAGAAGGGGAGGCGCAUCCUUCCUCCCCUGUUUGUAGCAUAAGGAAUAGUCUCUGCAGCUGUGGAGCUUCUAUGGGCCAGCAGCCGUCAAGGCAAUUCUUCUGCUGGCGUGGGACCUAAUUGUCUGUAAAUUUGCAUUUCUCACUCCUAGAACUUGAAACCAAUCAGAGAGAAUUAAACCAAAUUUAAUAAAAUACUACUAAUAAAGAGGAAAAUCCCUCCCAGACUGAGUCCUCUUUUGACAAAUAACUGCCAGCUGCAAAUUUUUACAGCCCACUUGUCAGCUACUGAAUAAACAGAGUUUAUAUUAGCAAUACUGACAAACUCUUCUGUCUAUGGAAGCUGAGCUAGCAGGUGCUGCCGUAAUCAAGGUGUCGAAGUCCAUGAACAGUUUGUAUUCAGCAGAAGAAAGGCUGUAUGUAAAUGAUUACGUACAAAUAUAAGGAAUUAUGGUGGGAAGGUGAAAAAUGUGGCUUGUCUCUGUUUUCAUGCGUUUUCCCUACCAGGUGCAUUCAUGUAACCCUUUCAAUGUCUGUCUGCAGGCAGUAAAGUGGUACUCACCAUACUCUUCAAAAACGUUUCCUUUCUCUUUAAGGGUACUUUGACAUUGCAGCAUUUUGCUGGUAUCAGGCAGCAUCCCUUAGGAACAGAAAACAUCUGUGUAUUUAAGUGUGUUAGGGACAUGAGGCAGUAAAAAGUUUUCUUUCAGUAUCUUGAACACAGUUAAAGUUCCUCAUCACCUGAAAACCAAGAGUUUAAGUAUUUGAAAGAUUGCUACGCUGUUCCCAUUAAUUGUAGCUGACUGCAUUAUUGACUCGUGUAUGACAAUACUGACAAGUCAGAAGAGAAAAAAUAGCUACAGACAGACCCUGACAUCUCUGGGAGAAUUCUGAAUCUUUGGCAGGAUUUUUUUUCCUUUAAUGCCAGAAUGUUACAUGGAGUGUCAUUUUAUUCGACAUGUAUUCUUUUCCAUCCUUCAUAGACUGAUCCUGUGCCAGGCCAAACAUCGGUGCAGUCAGAACUGAGGCAGGCUUCUAACAGAAACGUCAGGAUUUCUCAUAGCUGAACCGAAAUGUUCAGGGUGGUUUAUGGCCAUUGUUUUCCUGUCCUGUGUCUUUCCAGACUCACAACAGUGUGUGUUGACAUUUGCUCCUGGUCUCUUAAUUGUCAGUUAAUGCUUUAAAUUAACGAAGUACUGGUGCAAAAAAUAGAGCAGGCGGAAGCGGUAUCUUUUUAGUGCCUAAAUUGUUGGUUCUUUUUAAUACGGUUUUCCUAUGAGAAGAAAACAGAGUGAUGUAUGACUGUCAAUUAGGCCAUCUUGGUAACUAUCAUCACACCAUUCUCUCCUCUUAAAUGCCAUUUUUGUAUCUUUGCAAUCAUUUAGUGUCAGUUUAGAUAUCUAAUCUCUGGAAACCUCAUUUUUUAGUGCUAUAUUGUUGGUGCAGUACUGUUCUGUCCUUUGUGCCCAAGUGAAAGUCUGUUCCUAGCCAUGUUUUUAGCCUUCGCUCAGGAACACAAGACUUCAAUACCAGGACACUUGUAAACGUAGGACAACUUUGCUGCACUACGUAGUAACUAAUUGAGUGUUAUUGUCAGUGUUCUACUUGGAUAUUGCUUUAAUUGAUACUGUUGUGCUAUUAGAACUAUGAUUUUUUUUUUUCAGUAAAUUCCUUCCUGUUUUGUUGAGGAGAAAAUCAACACUAUUUUGUUUUGUCUUGAGACUUGCAUUGUCUUUUUCUAGGACUUUAAAAAUGCAGAAAUCACAUCCAGCCACAAGCUGUUUUGGUGUUAGGCUCUGGGGAAGCAAACUGGGAAGGGGAAAUGUUGUGGCAGGGGUACAGGGAAGAUUGACAUAUUUUACAAAUUGAUUUUAGGGAAGUUGUCUCACCUAAAAGUGAAUUCAUGCAUUAUCUGUGAGAAGGAUUUGAAAGUACUGUGUUGUGGUUAUUUGAAAAACAACCUUGAGUGAAUUUGUAAAAUAAGUGUGUGAAAAUGACAGAUUAAGAAGCAUCUUUUAGAAUAAUGCUUCCUUUCUAAGUGAGACUAUUUUUAAGCAUAUGGCAAUUUGUAUAAUAAAGGCAGUGGAAUUUCUUUAAUCCAUAUGAGCUCAGGAAUGCAUUUUAGAAUCUUAACUGAGAUUAAGUUGAAAGUCUACUACAUUUUUGAAAGAUAAGAUUUUGUUUACCAGCUUCUGUUUUGUAGUUUUAUUUUUAUUAAUGCAGUUUUAUUUAUUUGCAAACCUUUCUUUUGUUGCUGGUUGGAUUAAAUACAUAAUGUGGUUCAACAAUAUUAAUAUAUUUUGUCAUCUUUAAUAAAGACAUACAUUUCCCGA